AACAUGGCUUUCUUGUGACUUGUUGAUUUCUUUUCUAGACGUAGUAUUUCCAGUCUACAAAGUUGGCGGCGCUGUUGUACUAUCUGACGUCAUUUGUUUGCAAACAGGGGCAGGUCUAUGGCAAAUACACGUGCUUAGAAGAUGCAGUCAGUGUUCGUUGGAAUUGGAAUAUUCAUACUUGAAAGCAUUUGCUAUGGGGGAUUUAACACACCCUCUCGACAGACAUUUUCGACAGGUAUUUAAUGUAAUAGAACAAAUGCAAGGUGGGACUUGGAAGAAGGUAAUGGAAGGUUCUCAUGUGCACUUGGCUGAGCUUUCAACGUUGAUGGAGAUAUUCUCGAACUGUAGUGUUGCAAAUAUAAACAGUACAAAGACUGCGUCGAGGUUUCCAGAUGUCAAGGAUAGAAUUCUCCGUAAGGUGACAGAUGAAAUGACUGAUAAGAAAGCAGCGCUAGCGAACCUUCUUAACGCUUUAAGGAGAAGCCACACCUCCGUCAGCAACGCUUGUCAACAGGCUCUGCAAGCUUAUUGUCAAGCGUCAGAGAAGCUCUCUGUAAUUGAUGUUUGCCAACGAACUGAACUUUACCCUUCGAUUGCCGAUAUGAUAGAAUGGCUUUCUAAAAUCGACCAGCAAUUCAGCAACAAAUUUGCUAAGGAAUUUUUGCUCGAGAACCUGCAAUUCAGUCAGGACCUCGGACCUGAAAAGUUUGUCGGUGAAUGGAAGAAGGAAGAUAGCACUGUUAUCAUGUAUCUCAACGAGGUGCUGUGGGCAUUGAAAUUCUUCAUGACUGCCAAAGCGUGAAAGACUUCGUCAUUACACCCAAGCUUCUAUCAAACAAUGUCAUCCGUGCAUAGUUGUUAAUAACAUUAUAGUCAUGGUUUAUGUUGCGCAAGAUACCACACAAUAAAAUCAGGAAGGCAGUCAACCUGA